GGACGGCCGUGCGCGCUGUUUGAUAGGAGUCUGCCACUGCACGAGGGCGGAACUGUCAUCUGGAACAAGAGGAGAUAAAUAAAGAUGAGCAGUAAUGCAGCCAGCCCCAUGUCAAGCUUUGCUUCUUCAAGUGCUGGAAGAGGAUCUGGAAAACCGACAAGUUUUGUUCCUGAACUACAAAGCAUGAUGUUUGCUCUGGGCGAUGCCCGGCGGCCUCUCCAUGAGACGGCCACUUUAGUGGAAGACAUUGUUCACACCCAACUCAUUAAUUUGUUACAGCAAGCUGCUGAUGUGUCACAGCUAAGAGGGGCUAGGGUCAUAUCUGCUGAAGACAUUUUAUUUCUUAUGCGAAAAGACAAGAAAAAAAUCAGAAGACUUUUGAAAUACAUGGUUUUCCGAGAUUGCAAAUCCAAAAUCCUUAAAAGUAUUGACGACGAAGAAGCCCUUGAAACAGACAAAUUCAGCAGCAGCAGUGUAAACAAACGGCAGAAGUUGGCUCACGAUUUCCUCAACUCCAUUGAUCAAACCGGAGAGUUCUUGGCCCUGUUUGAUGAUGAUGACGUUGAUGAAGUCAAGCAGGAGAGACUGGAGAGAGCUGAACGACAGACUAGAAUGAUGGAUUGUGCACACUAUACUGAAUUUUGUGAAAGUCGACAGCUCAGCUUUUCCAAGAAAGCAUCCAAAUUUAGGGAAUGGUUGGACUGCAGCAGUUUGGAAGUGAAGCCAAAUGCUGUUGCCAUGGAAAUCCUGUCCUACUUGGCGUACGAGACAGUGGCUCAGUUGGUUGACCUGGCUCUUUUGGUGAAACAAGAUAUGACAGCUAAAGCCGGAGACCCAUUCAGCCACGCAAUAUCAGCAUCUUUUAUACAGUACAACAAUGCUACAGCUGAGGCACAUCUUCAUGGGCUGUCUGUAGCUGUAAAGAGCAACAUAGAUUCACCUGAAAACACCCCUCCAUCUACACCCACCACCCCAGCUUCUGGGCCUCAGAACCAAGGGAAAUCUCACUCAAACACCAUCGGGAAUGGUGGAUUGGGACACAAUUCCAGCAACAAGACCAAACAAAGGAAAAGAAAGAAGAACGCUGCAGCCUGUGGUCUCGAGGCUCAAAGUGAUGCCAUCCAGCCCGCCCACAUCAGAGAGGCGAUCCGACGCUACAGCCACAAGGUUGGCCCACUCUCCCCAUUCACAAGUGCCUACCACAGAAAUGAGAUGACAUUUCUAGCCUGUUGAUUGGAGAUGGCUGAAGAAACCGGAAAGGUGGUACUGUUUGAAGACUACAAAGAAAGUCUGCCGGCAAUUCCUUCAUGGUUUUAUUCAUCAUCGAAAUCCUUCAUACGAGACAUUCCCUGUGUUCUUGAAAACACUUUGGUCUUCAGGGACUUUGAAACUGCACCCAUAUUAAAAUUAUUUGAGUUCAACAAACUUUAGUUGAAAGGAAUUUAAUAUCAAAGUAUUACCGUAAUUUACUUAGCAGUGUUACUUACAAAAACAAAACUGGACACCUUACAACACGUUGAUGUUUAGAAUGCUAAUGGUUUGUCAACUUGUAAUGUUUUACAAUGUAAAUAAAAUAAUUCACAAAAUAAUUUAAUGUUUUUAUACAGUUAAAGUCAUGUUCUUGAAUGCUGUUAAGGAAGCUUGCAACUAGAGAUUUUUUACAGGUCCAAAAUAACAAUGGAACCAGCACAGUUCUUGCCUCACACACACAAACACUGCAGAAUAUAACAAAUUAAAAAAGCAAAGGCAUAAUUUAAUCAAACAAACUAACAAACAAAACAUAUACUUGCAUGUAGUGUACUUGCACAUAUACUUGUAUAUCAUUUCAUAUUGCUGUUCAAAAAUAGUAGUUUAGACAUGAUAUUCCUAGAGAACAUUAAUUUAAUUAUGCAUGAAAAUUUUCUACCUGAAAUCUUUUAGCUUUUGGGUCUGACUGUGAAGACCUCUACUCGCAACAAAAUAUUAUUUUUACGCUCACAUCAAAAUGAAUCCGUGCUAUAGAUAUUCCAAAGAGUUUCCCUGGGUACAACACACUUUUUCCAAGCUCUACAAUAUUAACACACUCAUCCAACUUCUUAUUUGGAACAGUAGUUCUUUUCAUAGAAUACUAUAAAUGUAGGAUUCUUUAGGGGAAAAAAAAGGUGUGACCAUCUGCUGCUGAAUAGGACAUAAACAAAGGCAUUUUUGCACAUUUGUGUGAACAAAAGCAAUCCAUUCAGCAGAAACCAAGGUCUUGUUUACAAAUCAUGUCACAUUUAAUGAUAAUCUUCCACACUGUCUGGUACAGUAAUCCAUUGAGUUGGUAAUACACCCAAAUUCCUGUAACCUUUUUGCCUCACAAAGUUAUGUUAUUGGCAUGUGUUCUCAUUGGAUCUAUUGUGAAGUUUUCAUUACUACUUUUUGAUAAUCCUUUGAUAUUUCUGCACAUUCUUUAGAAACCUCAUUGAAUAUGAAUUGUUUGUCUUCUCUAAUUAAUGCUAUUUUGUGUUGUCAAUUAAGUUGAAUAAACAGU